AUGGACAUUUACCAGCAACAAGGCACACAUGUAGGGACUCCAUAUAGCCAAGUGUUUGGACAGAACAGAUCUGGGGUCCCGCCGCACCUCCCCUCGCUUUCCUGCAGCCCGUACGCCCCCGCGAUCAGCCGCCACCCUGACCAGCGGCCUUCUCCUUUCGCCAUCGGUGCCUCCAGCUCCAGCUCCCAGAUCCGCCAAAACUCCUCCGAGGCUGAGGCCGCACUCAACCCGCUGGCUAACCUCUACUUGCAGGCUUCCUACUCCUACCCGUCCCUGGGUUUCUAUUUCGAGCGGGACGCUGUCGCCUUGCCGAGAGUGUCGCAUUUCUUCCGGGAGUUGUCGAAGGACAAGUUCGAGGGCGCCGAGCGCUUCAUGAAGCUCCAGAACCAGCGUGGGGGCCGGGUUCUCCUGCAGGUUGUGCAGAAACCUGCCCAAAAUGAGUGGGGCCGAAGUUUGGAGACCAUGGAGGCUGCCCUGAACCUGGAGAAGAGUCUGAACCAGGCCCUUCUGAAGCUGCACGCCCUGGGCUCGAGCCAAGGGGACCCCCAACUCUGCAUCUCUCUGGACAGCCACUAGCUGGGCGAGGAGGUGAAGCUGAUGAAGCGACUGGGCGACAACCUGACCACUCUGAACCACUUGCAGGCCGACCCCCAGGCCGGACUGGGUGAGUACCUCUUGGAGAAGCUGAGCCUGAAGCAGGACUAG